AUGAUUCAACAACAGCUUAAAAAUCAAGAUAUAAGUGAGGUUCUUUUUGUUAAUAAUAGGCAAAUGCUAAUAGAUAUUUACUCUAAUGAAAAUGAGUGGAUUGAGUUAAAAAAUCUUGAACAACUUCUUAAACCGAUGUACGAAGCUACGAAAUUACUAUCAACAUCAAAGCAUCCAACAAUUGGCGAUAUGUGUUUGGCGUUUCUUGAAAUGUUUAAUAUGCUGAGUAAUUUUAUUAAAUAUAAUUCCCAAAAAGAGGUCGCAGAAUUAAUUUAUAAAAAAUUAAUAAGUUAUUGGAAAUUAGCUUUAGAUGAAACAUUUAUUUUAUCAGCAGUUUUUGAUCUGCGAUCUAAACUUACAUCCUUUACUGUUGAACAACUUGAUAAUGUCAAGCAAAAAUUACAAACCAUUUUUGCUAUAUAUCAACAAACCAAUAAUCAUUUGUUACACUUAAGUCAACAACAUUCGAAUCAACAACCUUUAUCACAUUUAUAUUUUCAAAAUAUUUUAAAUGAGUAUAAUAAAAUUCAAAUUGAUGAAAAUAAUUUGAAUACUGUUAUUGGUAAACACUAUAGAAAUUAA